AUGGCACAACCCCCGCGACCUCAGGUCCAGCCAUGUCGCUACAAGACUGGUAAGACUCUCGGUGCUGGGUCAUACUCCGUCGUGAAAGAAUGCGUACACAUCGACACCGGUCGCUACUAUGCGGCCAAAGUGAUCAAUAAGCGCCUAAUGGCCGGGCGCGAACACAUGGUUCGAAAUGAGAUUGCCGUGUUAAAAAAGGUGUCUAUGGGUCACCAGAACAUUCUGACCCUGGUGGACUACUUCGAAACCAUGAAUAACUUAUACCUGGUCACUGAUCUUGCCUUGGGUGGAGAGCUCUUUGAUCGCAUCUGCCGUAAAGGUAGCUAUUUCGAGACUGAUGCUGCCAGCCUAAUCCGGGCUGUCCUGUCAGCGGUCGCUUAUUUGCAUGAUCAUGGGAUCGUGCACCGUGAUCUGAAGCCCGAGAACCUACUUUUCCGUACCCCGGAAGAUAAUGCGGAUCUUUUGAUUGCGGACUUUGGAUUGUCUAGAAUCAUGGACGAGGAGCAAUUCCAUGUCUUAACCACCACAUGCGGAACACCCGGAUACAUGGCACCGGAGAUCUUCAAGAAAAGUGGUCACGGAAAGCCAGUUGAUAUCUGGGCCAUCGGUGUCAUCACCUAUUUCCUACUAUGCGGCUACACCCCCUUUGACCGCGACUCUAAUCUAGAAGAGAUGCAGGCUAUCUUAGCGGCUGACUACGCCUUCACACCCCUGGAAUACUGGCGUGGUGUCUCCCAAGAAGCCCGCAACUUUAUCAGUCAUUGCUUGACCAUCGAUCCCACAAAGCGCAUGACAGCCCACGAGGCCCUUCAACAUCAUUGGAUCUGUCCACCGUACGAUGCCUCGCGGACUGGUACCGGCGAAGAUCUGUUGCCAACAGUCAAGAAGAACUUCAAUGCUCGUCGCACAUUGCAUCGUGCUAUCGAUACCGUGCGCGCUAUUAACAAGCUCCGCGAAGGUGGUGGAUUCAUGAUGGAUGGAGUGAUGAGUAUCGAUCCGAAGCCCGAGCGCGUAAAUGGACAGGAGAUCGUUGAUGAGAGUAGAAAUGGCUCCCCUGCACCGCGUGCUGAUGGCGUUAGUCCGAUGCAGAUUGAUAGCCGGGGAAAUGCUCGGGGCCAGUCGGAGAUACAGAUCCGAGAACAGGAGCGCCGAGUAAAGGAUACUAUGGCCGGAUUAUGGAAUCGGGGUGGCCAUGCUAAAUAA